GUCCAGGCCACAGCUCUCACCUCCAUCUUGCCCAGCAGUACAGCAUUAGUACUAGCAACCCGGACUUUGAGAUGACAGUGGAAAUCUGUGUGGUGGGCUUUGGAGCUAUCGGAGCGCUGUAUGCCUUCGCACUGGAGCGAUCCUCAGAGGUCCACUUGACUGCCGUAUGCAGAUCCAACCAUAUUGCUGUGCGAGAGAACGGGCUAAUUAUUGAAUCGGAUAAACUGGGUACUCAUUCGCCAUGGCAUCCAUAUAGAGUCGUUCGCACCGUAGAGGAAGCCGCCGAUCGUCCGUAUGCUUUCGUUAUCUGUGCCGCAAAAUGCCUUCCAGACGUCGGGCUCACAUCCUCAAUCCUUGAACCUCUUCUGAAGACCCUGCCCUCCACACCCGAAACUGCCAUUGUUCUUCUUCAGAAUGGGGUGGGUAUCGAGGAGGACGUGCAGAAAGCGAUUGCCGGCAGCGGCGCCACUAAUCCCGUCUUGUCUGGUUGUGCAUGGGUGGACGUAACUGUCGUUGACGGAGGUAAACGAGUCGUGCAACACGGCAACGAACGUUUAGUUUUGGGAUAUCACAAGCCGCCCCAAGGAUAUACCUCCACGGACAACCGAGGCCCGGACGCUCUGAAUAAGCUUUGCAGCCUGUUACAGUUUGCAGGAGCUUCUGCUCAGGUAGCAUCUGAUGUGGAUGCUGCUCGUUGGCGCAAAGUUCUGUGGAACGCUUCGUUCUCCACGAUGUGCACGUUGACUCGUACGACUGUGGGCGACGUCCUGGCGUUGCAAGAGUCGCGGCAGGAGCUCAAGGCGAUCAUGCUCGAAGUUCUAACCGUUGCGCGGGAGAUCGUUACAGAAGAGGGUGCCGCAAUCCUCUCUGAUUCGGUCGCGGAUGCGGUCAUUCAGAGCGAGAACCCUCUAUCGGUAUUCAAGCCAUCCAUGCUUGUCGAUCUGGAAGCUGGAAGACCUAUGGAGGUCGAAGUUAUCGUUGGUGGAAUAGUGAGAAAGGCCCGGGCGCAUAGUAAGAGUACGCCCCGGCUGGAGAUGAUCUACGCAGCGUUAAAGGUCAUCCAGAAGGGGCUGAUCAAUGUCAGGAGUUCGGUCUAAUCUUAUCUGUGGAAUGAUGUCAAGCUGUACUGUCACGUGCCCCGAAGUCGGCCAGGCUACGGCAUUUUGCUCCAUACUCGUAAAUGGAUGGAGAUAAGGAAAAUGUUACACCCCAGAUCCACUGGAAUGGACAUAG